GGGUGUACUCAACCGAGAGGGAAUCCAUUGCCCUGGAUAACUGUAGCUACGUCUGCUGCUGUACCCACACUUCCGCUCUGCAAGAGGCACGCGUCCAGGCAUUCACCGACACAAAGAAAGGUCGUUAUGUCGGAUGAGGAUUCGCGUGCCAGUGUUAGUUCUUCUUCCUCAAUUUAUCAGCAGUUAAAAAUAAACGCGCCUAAGAAACGAGCAGAAAGCAAAGCCAUCAUGAGCAAGACCUCCAAACUCCUCUCCACCAGCGCCAAAAGAAUUCAGAAGGAGUUGGCUGACAUUACUUUGGAUCCACCACCGAACUGCAGUGCGGGUCCAAAAGGAGACAACAUCUAUGAGUGGAGAUCCACCAUCCUGGGGCCACCUGGCUCUGUGUACGAGGGAGGGGUCUUCUUCCUAGAUAUCGCCUUUACACCAGACUACCCCUUCAAACCACCCAAGGUGACGUUCCGUACCAGGAUCUACCACUGUAAUAUCAACAGUCAGGGUGUGAUCUGUCUGGACAUCCUGAAGGACAACUGGAGCCCCGCCCUCACCAUCUCCAAGGUGCUGCUGUCCAUCUGCUCCCUGCUCACUGACUGCAACCCUGCUGACCCUCUGGUAGGAAGCAUCGCCACCCAAUACACAACCAACAGACCAGAGCACGACAGGAUAGCCAAACAGUGGACCAAGAGAUACGCCACAUAGGCACACAGGACUGGGUCGUAUUCAUUCGGCACUACAUGGACUCGUCCAAUAACAAAAGGUCAUUUGUUUCCCAUAGCAAAACAUUUUCUGUUGCAUGCCCAAACAACUACGACCCUGGGCAACAUGAGAGGGGGAGGUUAGGGGGUGUCAGAGCUCCUUCUGGGAUGGAGUGGGGGGGGAACAGGAAGGGUAGAGAAUAGGGGAGGAUAUUUAUCUUGGAAUUUAAGUCUUCAUCUCCUGAUAUUUUGUUUAGGGUAUUUAAGUUCUCCGACCCGUAUAUUACCAUCUAUUUUGGCAAUAAUGCUUUUCAAUGUGUUUCCUUGAAGUUAUUUAAAAUUAUUUAAUUUUUAGCUAAUUGUGCUUCGAAAGGAAAUGAAUUCUACAUGUUGGUCUGUUUAUAUAAACCUGUCACACAGCAUGGUUUCCUGGUAGAAUUCCAAAUCUCAUUAAUAUCUGAAAAAUUCACAUUGAAGUUACCAUUGGUGUAAGCCCUCUUGCAUGUCUAUAACAUAUUGCUGAAACAUUCACAUUGUAGCCUAUACAGCACAAUGUCUAGGUGGGAAAGUUGUGCUUCAUGUCUUGCUGAUUUCUUUAAAUAAGUCCCUCCAUUUUAUUGUUAAAUUGAAAUACAUGCAUAUGUCAGAAAACAAUGGACAACAAUAAAAAUAUAAGUAGCAGCACAAAAAUGUUAUUUGGCUAGGUUUCAUACAAGACAUGUUCCAAUUCUCUUUCCCCCCAAAGUGUACAUAGGUUCACUGAAUUCCCUGAAUUGAAAGGAAAUGACUGGUAUAAGAAACAUAGUGGAAACUCCUGCCCCAGGCCUCCACCAAUCCAAUGCUUUUAGAUUUGGAGUAGUGAACGAGUGUACACUUCAGGAGAAAGGAUAUAUUUGGAUGCACUACAGAAGCCACAUUCUCUUCACAACAAUUCAGACAUUUCAUACAAUUGUGUCCUACAUUUUGUCCCAUUCCUACCCACUAGGAAUUUAAGUUUAGUAAAGUGACAAAUAAAGUUAAUAAAAUUCUCAAACAUGUACAAAGAAUAAAGUAUUUAACGAAUACACAACCAACCAUUUAGGGUGCAACUGAUUAAACAGACAUUUGAUCAUCAGACCUGAUCAAGGUAGUACCUUUGUUUUUUUGCCACUGGGCCAUAUACACUAGGGAGUAAACUGGUAGGCCAUACACACUAGGUAGUAAACUGGUAGGCCAUACACACUAGGGAGUAAACUGGUAGGCCAUACACACUAGGUAGUAAACUGGUAGCCCAUACACUCUAGGUAGUAAACUGGUAGCCCAUACACUAGGUAGUAAACUGGUAGGCCAUACACACUAGGGAGUAAACUGGUAGGCCAUACACACUAGGGAGUAAACUGGUAGGCCAUACACACUAGGGAGUAAACUGGUAGGCCAUACACACUAGGGAGUAAUAUGCCUCACUCCCAAGGCACAUUAUAUGGGCCUAGACCUUGCUGUAAAGCAGCUACUAUAACCCUCCCAUAGGAUGGAGUACACAGAAACCAUAGGGGUGUAUGAUAUCACAAAGCAGGUUCACUAAUUUAGCCAGCUGACUUUGAAAAACAUUAAGAUACAUCUCUUGAUUUGCAAGUAUACAGUUGACGUCAGAAGUUUAUACACUUAGGUUGGAGUCCUUAACUUGUUUUUUAACCACUCAACAAAUAUCAUGUUAACAAACUAUAGUUUUGGCAAGUCUGUUAGGACAUCUACUUUGUGCAUGACAAGUAAUUUUUCCAACAAUUGUUUACAGAUUAUUUCACUUAUAAUUCACUGUAUCACAAUUCCAGUGGGUCAGAAGUUUACAAACACUAAGUUGGCUAUGUCUUUAAACAGCUUGAAAAAUUCCAGAAAAUGUAAUGGCUUUAGAAGCAUCUGAUAGGCUAAUUGACAAAAUGUGAGUCAAUUGAAGGUGUACCUGUGGGUGUAUUUCAAGGCCAACCUUCAAACUCAGUGCCACUUUGCUUGACAUCAUGGGAAAAUCAAAUCGAAAUCAGCCAAGACCUCCAUUUUUUUUUGUAGACCUCCACAUGUCUGGUUAAUCCUUGGGAGCAAUUUCCAAACGCCUGAAGGUACCACGCUCAUCUGUACAAAACAAUAGUACGCAAGUAUAAACGCCAUGGGACGACGCCGCCGUCAUACUGCUCAGGAAGGAGACGCGUUCUGUCUCCUAGAGAUGAACAUACUUUGGUGCGAAAAGUGCAAAUCAAUCCCAGAACAACGGCAAAGGACCUUGGGAAGAUGCUGGAGGAAACAGGUACAAAAGUAUCUAUAUCCACAGUAAAACUAGUCCUUUAUCAACAUAACCUGAAAGGCUGCUCAGUAAGGAAGAAGCCACUGCUCCAAAACCGCCAUAAAAAAGCCAGACUACGGUUUGCAAUUGCACAUGGGGACAAAGAUCGUACUUUUUGUCAAAAAAUACAGUUUGGCCAUAAUGACCAUCAU